AUGGCCCCCUACACGUACAAUAGUCACCCCUUGGAGUCGCCUCCCCACAGUCCUCGGUCUGUGGAUUCGGAUUCCGGUCGAUCAGCUGGGGAAAGGAAAUCAUCCUGCACAUCGACCCAGUCAAUAUCUCCUGUCUCACCUGGCCUGAUACCCAAGGUCCAACUGGUGCCUUACACGAGAACCGCGAGUUUCGAUGUCGCCCUCUCCGAUGCCGAACGAGAAGUCUUGAAAAACACCAACUUUGACUCCAUGGACUUGUCCUCACAAGACUUCGAGUUUGAAGACAUCUUCACCUACGACAAGCCCCAGAAGAAGUUGACCAAGGUCGUCGAAGUAUCAAGGCCAACCAGAGAGCACCGGGAUUGGUCGAACUUCUCCUUUUCCCAUUACUCGGCGGCGAUAAAUGCUCGACAAAAAGUCAACAGACAGAAGUCAGGCAUCGGAGAGCUGUAUAUGAAGAACAAGAGAGACGCUCAGAAGUGCUGA